UCCAUUAAUUUUUUCCAUUUUGUGUGUCUUCGUAACUGAAGUUUGGUCAAAAAAAGGUAGGUACCUAGUUUAUUAUUUUAUACCUACAUUUCAAAAUCCAAAAAUACUUCUCACUCCUGAUUUUAUUUUUACAGCUUUACUUUUCAAUUUGAAAACCAGAGCCUUAGACGACGUUUGUCAUGAAAACGGUGACAAAAAAUGUCCUCCUUAUUUAACCGCGUGUCCUGCGUCCACUCCUCAAGAGAAGCAAUUCAACGAAAAUAUCUCUCUUUCCAAAGGAUGUGUUUUCUCGCGACUCAUCUAUGCGGAAAAUGAAUCGGAGAGGAACAUUAUUCGAAAUUUUUGUGAAAAUUCAUUCGAUCCCGUGAUGUUGUAUGAUUCAAAAGACGAUGAGUACGAAAUCGGAUAUGAGCUUUAUUUUGAAGAUGGAAAAAUUAAUAUGACGGAUAAAACCUAUGAUAAUUAUAAAUCGGUGAUUAGAAAAAAGUCCAAAUAUGAAAUUGAGAAUCAAACAAUAACUCUCAACGCAUCUGGAUUUGUAAUUAAAUACGAAGAUGAGAAAAACGUGAAAUUCAAUUUCACAGACGGAUCACGAACGCUGGUUUUUUAUUGGAUAGAAGUUCUGGCUAUAAAAUGUUCGAAACACAGAAAGCGCACCAAAUUUACUGACCUGUAUGAUUUCUCAUUUAAUAAUGUGAAAGAUGAAUGCGAAAAUUAUGGGCUAAGUUACGAUGAUGUGUACUCGUACUCUAAGAAAAAUCAAAAAAAAUGUUUAAAGAACAUUUUAGCUCCUCCUGCUUUAUUCGAAGGAAAUCCUGAUUUAUCGUGUGGACAACCUUACGGCUGCUUAGUUAGAUCGCAAAUGAUACCAUUGUGGUAUUUCGUCUCAAGCUCAGCUAAGCUGGCCAGUUGCUCGCAUAUGAACAUCAUACCUGUUUGGAAAAGCAUCGCGGAAGGAAAUCUAAGGAGAGUUGACCUUUACUUAGUUGCAACUGUUCGGUACUUGGAUGGAAAUGUGCUUUUUGGCGUGAGUGGCGUUUUAAAAAUGAAAACAUCAACCUGUACCAAUGUAACCCGAAAAAUCUUCCUAUCAACUUCUGAACACAAUCGAGUUAUAACCAUUCCGAGAAUAAUAUACAGAAUUUUUCGAAUUGAUACGAGAUUAGACCAAGACGAUACAGAUGAUUACGCUGCCACAAUCAUAAUUCAUAAUGAUCCUGCUGCUGACCCAGAAACUGAUAAACUAUGUACAGAUACUCUAUCAGGAUGGGAUAAAAUAACCAGCAAUGAUACGAAAACAGGAUUAACAUACGUGUGCCCUAUGUCAUUCGAACUGAAUAAGAAAUUGGGCGCUUAUGCUGACAUAACGACGCGUUCGAUAGAACCAUUGAAUUUGGAUGCGGUUCCCUAUUCUCGGGGUUUUUCAUAUCCAUGCGAAUACGAAGAUGCGGCUGACAUUAUUAAUUCAAACUUUGAAUAUUUACUAAACAAUACCUACCCAAAAUGAAUUUUUAAAAAAGCAGAAAUUUGAUGUAAACAUGCAGCCUACCAAAAAUGGGUUAAAAUUUCGACAGAAAAUUAAGAAUUUCCUUCAUCAUUUUUUGGAUGUAUUUUGAAAAUUUUUCAGCUCAAAGUUGUGGUCACUUGAAUCGUGAUUUUUGGAAUUUUUGAAAAAGACAAUCAAAAUGAAAUAGGUCAGAAUUCGUGAAAAGUUCUAGGAUUUUAACGAAAACGUCUUUUGAAUAUUAUUAAAGAAUUUUGAGUCCAAAAUUUGAUCAAGGUACCUAAUCAAUAAUUUCCAUCAGAAUAUUUAUGAUUUGGUUUGAAGAAUUUUUAGUCCAAAAUUGGGUCAUAAAAGGUGAUUUUUGGAAGCCUGUCACGUAAAACAGUUCAUAUUUCAAGAAAAAUUAAAGUAUCUCAACGAAAAUGUUUAUAGAGCAGAUUUGAAUAAUUUUAAGCCUAAAACUAGUCCAUAAUUUUUGGAGAUUUUAUAUUACUGCUCAAAAAAAAAGUUUCAAAAAUGGAAAUUUGUAAUUUUCUGUCUAAAUAACUCACAAGGGAACCUCUUGAGGUGUCACACUCCGAUUCGAACGGGAACACGAUUUUUGGAAAGGGCAUAGUUUGAAACCCCCAAAACCAAAUUUUCAGCUGCACAAGUUCAUUUUU